UACCAAAAAAAAAAAUCAGUUUGUGUCUUGCUUUAUUUUACUUGUCGCUUAUCCUUUCUGUCUAUGAUCAUGACAAUUGGAAUUACAACAAUUUCGAGGCUUGUUGUGCCCACUUUGAGUAAUUUAUUUUGUUUAUCACGAGUGCAGCUAAGUACACUUAAAAUGGCUGAAGGCAAUCCCGACUAUAAAUCUGCGUCAAGUAUUCAUGAGUUCACGGUAAAGGACAUAAAGGGCGAGGAUGUUAAACUUGACAAGUACAAAGGUCAUGUCUGCAUCAUAGUAAAUGUUGCUUCCCAAUGUGGAUUGACUGCAAACAAUUACAAACAACUGAAUGAGCUGUACGAACAGUAUGCUGAAAAUAAUGGUCUACGCAUCUUGGCAUUCCCCUGCAAUCAGUUUGCUGGACAAGAACCUGGUAAUUCAGAAGAUAUAGUAUGUUUUGCGAAAGACCGCAAAGUGAAGUUUGAUUUGUUUGAGAAGAUUGAUGUCAAUGGUGAAUCUGCAAGUCCUUUGUGGAAGUUUUUGAAGCAUAAGCAAGGAGGCACUUUAGGAGAUUUCAUCAAAUGGAAUUUCACAAAGUUCAUUAUUGACAAGAACGGUGUUCCAGUUGAGCGUCACGGACCUAAAACAGAUCCCUUGGAUUUGGUGAAGUCACUCCAGAAGUACUGGUGAAUCACUUGAAAACCACUGUGUGAAGAAUUGCUUUAAAGGGUUUUUAAAAUUCAUCACAAAUCAUUUUUAUAUUGGUGGUCUCAAUUAUGUUUUAGGUAUAAAAUAUUAUUAUGGGAAUUGUGUUGUAUUUAUAAUAAUAUGCACUGUUUAGCUAGUUAUAAUUUUAAUGUUGUAUGCAAAAAUAUAUUUUAAAUAUUAUACAAAUAUAAUGUGAGUUACUUUUGUU